CCUUCAUAGGGGGAGCCCGUCAAGUUUGUGUGAAGUUGUGAAAAGUUGUCAACUCGAAAAAAGACCAGAGAAACUCCUCCCGUCUUCAAAUUAUGAGCAAUCAGCAGCAGGGUGAAAUGGCCGCUGUGGAGAGCGGUGGAGGCUUCAGUCAAAAGCGAAACACAAAUUCACAGGACUCACAGCAGCCAUCUCCUCUUGCUUUAUUAGCAGCCACGUGCAGUCGAAUUGACACCCCAGGAGAGAACGAUUCACCUGCAGACCAACAAAACCAGCAGCAACAGCUGGACCUAAACCAGGGUGUUUACACCUCUAGUGCCAACGGCUGGCAGGUUAUCCCUCUCAGCGUUCAAACAUCCUCAGGCACUAACACCAUCACCACCACUGACUCCUCAGGGGUAAUGACAGGAGGAGACACAGGCAAAAGCAGACAGGUGCUGUCAUCAGUAGCAGUUGCAAGCACUCAGGGACAGCAGCAUCAGCCACAGCAAUAUGUAGUAGCUCAGGCUCCAUCCAUGCAGGGCCAGCAGCUCCUUACCACCAUAUCAGGUAUGAUGCCCAACAUUCAGUACCAGGUUAUUCCCCAGUUUCAGACAGUAGAUGGCCAGCCACUGCAGUUGACCCAUGCUCAGCAGGAUUCUAAUGCAGGACAAGGGCAGCAGUUUCAGAUAGUGUCCUCUCCUAAUGGCCAGCAGAUCAUAACCACAACCAACAGAGCUGGUGCAGCAGGAAACAUCAUAACGAUGCCCAGUCUCCUUCAGGGAGCCAUCCCCAUUCAAAAUAUAAGCCUAGGCAAUGGCGUGUUACAAAACCAGCCCCAGUUCCUGGCAAAUAUGCCUGUGUCACUAAAUGGAAACAUCACUUUGUUGCCUGUCAGUACUGGAACAAGUGGUACAGGGGGAGAUGGAAAUGGUGGCGGCGAUGCAGGGGGCAACCAACUUAUACAGCAACAGCAAUCGCAACAUCCAGUGUCCAGCGGGGCAGGUUACAUGACAAGUGCAUCCACCGUUACCACUCAGACUUCCACUUCUUACGGAAUGACCCAAACGCAGAACAGCAAUGGAGUGAUGACCGGGACAUUCCAGCAUAACACAGCAGCUUCUCUGGGUGUCCCGAUACAGCCAGACAACAGAGACGGACAGCACCCACAGCAGAUUCUUAUCCAGCCUCAGCAGGUUAUCCAAGGUGGAACACCCCUCCAGACCAUCCAGGCCGGUACUGUCACCACCGCUGGCGGUCAGGUAUUUGCAGCCCCAACACUCAGCCAGGAAGGGCUUCAAAAUCUUCAAAUUAUGCCAAACACAGGCCCCAUCCUCCUGCGCACUGUAGGCCCCAAUGGCCAGGUGAGCUGGCAGACCAUUCAGAUCCAGAAUCCAACGGGACCGCAGAUUACGCUGGCCCCAGUGCAGUCUCUCCCCCAACUUGGCCAGGCUCAGGGAUCUGCUGCAGCUGGAGCAGUGUCUGUCAACACAGUGCAGAUCCCAGGCAUUCAGACCAUAAAUCUCAACACACUCGGAGGCUCUGGGCUGCAGAUGCACCAGCUGCAGACUGUUCCCAUCACAAUCGCCAGCACAGGAGAGCAGGCCUUGCAGACAGGUGGAGAAAGUUUGGACGAUAGCACAGCUAUGGAUGAUGAGGAUAUAAGCCCACAACCUCAAGGACGACGUAACCGCAGGGAAGCCUGUACCUGCCCCUUCUGCAAGGAUGGAGAAGGGCGUGACCCAACUAAAAAGAAGCAGCACAUUUGUCACAUCUCUGGCUGUGGGAAAAUCUACGGCAAGACAUCCCACCUGAGGGCCCAUCUCCGUUGGCACACAGGAGAACGCCCCUUCGUCUGCAGCUGGUCUUUCUGUGGCAAACGAUUCACCCGUUCUGAUGAGCUUCAGCGCCAUAAGAGGACACACACAGGUGAGAAAAGGUUUGUUUGCCCAGAGUGUCCAAAACGCUUCAUGCGCAGCGAUCACCUCUCCAAGCACAUCAAGACACACUUAAACAAGAAAGCCGUGGCCAGCAGCACCACUGGCUCGACUGACACUGCGUCCCCUGCGGCAGUAACGAAAGUCGAACCGGGAGCAGUGUCGGCCAAUGACCAGCACACCAUUGUCACCAUGGAAACCUUAUCUGCAGAGAGCAUAGCCCGAUUAGCUAGCAGCGGGAUCAACAUGAUGCAGGUGGACCUUCACCACAUGAACGGCAACAGCUACUAAGGACUGCGGAGGAGUAGGAAGACGGCCUUUGUAGAUGUUUUGUUGGGACAUUUGGGGUUAAAAAUGGCACGUUCAAUUGGAGACGCAGAACCUUUUUAAAGGCUUCAGACAGGAGAGGUGGUCACAGAUGUAACACAACAGACACUAUUGGAUUUGAGAACUGAGGCAGGGAUAUGGAUUUCCAUCUUGUGCUUAGAUACCUGUGGCAUUUAAGGGUCAGACUUGGAUUAAAAUGUUAGACUAGACUAGAAAUCAUCAUGAAAUCUUAUUUCCCCUGAAUGGAAAUGGCACUACACUAACAUUUGUCCGACACGAUGACCCAAUCUUAGUAGGAUUGAAAUAAAGCACACAGACCGGCA